AACGUGACGUCAGUUCCGGGGUUGUAGCAGUGAGGAAGAAGUUGCAUGUAGUUGGCACGUCUUCCAGGAUUUAGUGAGCUGUUUCUUCUUUAAUCUCCGCCAAGUUCAAUGUCACAGGCCGGACCAACCCCGUGUUCCCCUCCCAACAUCGCGGUGACAUGAAUACAGCUGCUGUACCCUGUCAACAAUGGCCGACACGGAAAUGGGAACAGGUCAAAGGUCAUCCCAGCGGCAAGCGUACAUGGUGUGGUCGUGCCUACUGGUCCUACUGGCCACAACUACAGUCUUAGGGGAGGACAAAAACGAAUCCUUUAGCAUCAUCGUGAAAGAAGGAGAAGACGUCAUUCUCAACAAUUGUACGUCCCAGGACCAGGGCGUCAUCUGGACGUACAAAAAGCCUGGCGCCGCGUCGUACACACCGCAGUCGUGUCCGCAGGAGUGCGACAACCGUUGCCAGGGGCGCGAUGACGUCAUCAACCUUCCCGCGGUCAGUCGAACGUGCGGCGGGUCCUAUCAGUACGUCUCUUCUGGCGACGAUGCAGGAAUCCGUUGGAAGUGUACCUACCACUUACAAGUACACUACUUGCCCCUCCCAGUCAACAUCAGGAACCCCACCCCAGCUGUGUUCGAGAACGACCGCGUGGCCAUCACGUGCCAAACUGACGACCUGGGGAAUCCGCCAGCGAGUUUCACCAGUCCGGACUUUCCUCCAACGUCAGGUUCCGAGCCCAGCACGACCCAAAUUAUCCAGUCUGCUAACAGGGAUGAUAACGGGACAACCUUCACUUGUACCCUUGAGUAUGAAGGUCAAGAUCAAAAUGCUGAAGCCUUCACUCGGACAUAUGAGGAGACCACCAGUCUUAUUGUAUACUAUCUUCCAAGAGAAGUCACCAUAAAAGUCCACAAUAACAACGCAACUCUGGAAGAAGGGGACAACGUCAUCUUAGAAUGCGUUUUCGGGGACUCUUAUCCUCGACCCAGUGUAACGUGGUGGAAGAACGGCAGAAAACUGCCAGGAGAAACUUCAACGACCUUGGAGUUGCGUUCCUUGAAGGUCGUAGACAAAGGAGAGUACAUGUGUGACACAACAGUGAAUGCUCUUGGCCAAGAGAGAUCUAAGAGAAGUGCAGCAGUGUUUCUGAAUGUCACUGGUACUCCCAAUACUGGAACGGGUCCUCCAAUUGUACCAUCUGCACUUCCUUUCACCAGUGGCCUUCCAGUAUCCACUAUUGGCACCAUAGCAGGUGUCGCAGGUGUUCUACUACUAGUUGUCAUUGCUAUAGCGUCAGUCAUCUGUAUACGCCAGAAAAGGAGGAACCCUGAUCGUGGAGGUGAGGAGCAAAUAGAUGGAAGACACUCGAAUGUUCGCUAUCAGCCAAAUGGAGGCUGCCAAAUUGGACAAGAUGUUAGACCCUUGCUGGGCAACUCAAUUGCUGCUGAUCAAGACUUCAGUCACAGAUCAUCUAACAGUUCACACAGCAACGGAGCGAAAGGACACAAAAUCAUCAUUGAGUGCAGGGAUGCAAAAAUCUACCAAUCACAAGCCUGUGAUGCAGAGUCCUUGGAAACCCCCUCAGAGCCAUCCAUGCAGCUGUCAACCCUUAGUCCAUCCUCACUUCCGUAUGACACCUCCAGUAGUGUGGAACCUCGGAGUGAUACCACCCCCAAGCGGGCCCCAUCAGACCUCUCCCUGACCAAUGAGAAGCUACCGUAUCACCGCCACGAAUCGAGCAACAACGACUUGUCCCAGGACACAAGAAGCCCUGACAUGUCCCCAACAUCCGAGAAGUUACUGUACCAAAAGGAGGACUCGAGCAGUGGCGGCUACCCAAAAACAGUAACAAGCACAGAAGGUGGCGACCACACUUCUUUCUCGCUUUCAUCCAAUCUCGAGGAAAGCACCAACCCAAAGCGAACUGCAGACUCCAGUGAUCCACUGUCUCUCCAAUCGCACUCUUCCUUGCCGGACAAUUUGAAUGUCGCUGAUAUGAUAAGUAUAGAUAGCGACAACGCAUCUAGGCAAACCAACUCAAACCCUAACAUACUGGACAACGGUACAUCCAACAUCACAGGUGUCCCCGCAGACAGUAAUAACCUGAACAAACCAGUCAACAAACCACAACCGGACAAAAGCUCGGCAAUCAAAAACCUGUCAGAGAGCUCGGAAAGUAUGGAAGAGUCCAUUGUACUUUUGGGGGCUGGAGGGACAGACCAAGAAGACCCGCCACCCAUGAAUGAAGAUGUUGACUCUCUGAGGGAAAAAGGAGAUGAGGUGGCCAUCACUAUAGACCUGAUGUUGAAGAAGACACCACUGAAGACAGACCACCUUGGCGUUUCUUUUCUUAGGUUGACAGAACUGUAUGUAAACCUGUCAUACGCUGGCCACGGCCUCAAUGAUUGGAAAAUGUUUGCUCAUAAACUUGGUUUGGACAGUCUGCAUAUCCAGGUGAUUGACGGUUGUAGCUCCAAGCACAACUUAAAGCCAGCAGAGAUUGUUGUCUACCACUGGCAGCGCAUGGCAGACAGAGAGGGCAGCAUUCCUUGUAGCAAAGAGAAACUAAGAGAGAUUCUGGAGGAAAUUGAAAGGCAUGACUUAAUUGCCAUAUUAGAUGGGGAACAAUAA